AUGUAUCCAGAGUUUAUUUCAUUAACUACCGAUAUGGCUAAUUUAACAACAGUUCAUGGACCUGAAGAAUAUCACUCAACUUUCAUCGCGAUCCUCCACCCUGGUGAUUCAGAUGAACGUAGAUCAUAUUAUCAUGUAAAGAGUUCAACAAACUAUGUGUUAAAAAUACAAAUAGCUUGCGAUUUUCGUCAUCGAAUAGUGCACGUGUCUGAAUGUUAUAAAGGAAGUGUACAUGAUAUCACAAUACUAAGAGAGUCGGGGUUAUUAGAACAUGUAAACGACUCUGUGCAAAUUAUUGCCGAUAAAGGAUACAUCGGUGAAGAUUAUGUGAUCACUCCAAGAAAGAAGCCUCGUGGACGCAACUUAACUUCUGAAGACAAAGAUUUUAAUCGAGAUAUUAAUAGUGUAAGAGCGGCUAUUGAAAAUAUCAUGCGUCUGAAAACCCAUGCUCUUCUCGGCGGCAUUUACAGAGGAGCUAUUGAUGAUUUUCGUAAAAUAACUAAGAUUGCGCAAGUUGUCUCAGCUCUAUGUAACAUGAAUUUAGACAAACAGCCUAUUCGUAAAUAA